GGAUUUUGGGCCAGACAGGAACUGGAAAGGUAUCGCCAUCUCUCUGCUGGUCAUCAUGGUCAUACUGUCACUCAUUGGACUGGCCAUCGCUCUUCUUUCCAAAAAUGAUGGCGCGAAGUCUUUAGGCACCCAAUUGACACUGGAUGACCUCUUUCAACGAGAGUUCCAGGUGCAUGACCCUGAUGCUAAGUGGAUCAAUGAUGAGGAGAUCAUUUUCAGGAGCUGGGACGGUGAUGUGUUCAAAGCCAACACGCAGAGCAAUGAGACAGACCUCUUACUAAAAAACACCACUUUUGCAACAUUUAAGGCAUCCAAGUUUGCAGUUUCUCCAGAUCUAAACUUUGUUCUUCUGGGCUAUGACGUGAAACAGGUUUACCGGUACUCUUUCCUGGCAUCCUACUUGAUAUACAACCUGAAUACAAGGGAGGUACAGGAGCUGAACCCUCCAGAGGUGUCGGACUCGGUCCUGCAGUUUGCUUCCUGGGGCGUUCGGGAUCAACAGCUGGUGUAUGUCUUUGAAAACAACAUUUACUACCAGAUGGAUGUGAAAAGCAGUUCUUGGAGACUGACGUCUUCAGGACAAGAACGAGUUGUCUUCAAUGGCAUCGCUGAUUGGUUAUAUGAAGAGGAAGUGCUGCACUCUCAAGUGGCUCACUGGUGGUCCCCUGAUGGGUCACGACUGGCCUACCUCAACCUCAACGACACUCUGGUACCCAACAUGCUCCUGCCUCGCUUCACUGGCACCCUCUACCCCAGGGGCCAACUGUACCCUUACCCCAAGGUGGGGCAGGUCAAUCCCACAGUUAAGAUUUACGUCGUCACCUUGGAUGGGGGAUCCCAGACAAUUGAACUGCGACCUCCCAACAGCUUUGAAAAAAGUGACUACUACAUAACCAUGGUGAAAUGGGUCACAGCGGAGAAGAUUGGUGUGCGCUGGUUGAACCGAGCCCAGAACACCUCCAUCCUGUCGCUAUGUGAGGUCACUAUGGGGGCAUGUCUAAAAAAACAUGUGAUUACAUCAGAGAAGUGGCUUGAUCGUCAGAAUGAAGAGCCAUUGUUUUCCAAGGAUGGGAAUACCUUCUUCCUGACCAUGCCAAUAAAACAUGGCGGACGAGGGUCAUUCCACCAUAUCACCAUGAUAUCUGACCAGUUCAAUGGUGAUGAGGUCAACAUGCGCCACCUGACCUCUGGCAGCUGGGAGGUGUCUCAGAUCCUGGAGUAUGAUGAGGAAGCAGAUACAGUUUAUUUCCUUAGCACAGAAGAUAGUUCAAUGCAAAGACAACUGUACAGGGUGUCGGCGGUAAACCCAUUUCAACGUGAAUGCCUGACCUGCUCCCUGUUCAAAACACAAUGCUCCUACUACGAUGCAGUCUUCAACCAAGACUAUCAAUAUGUCCUGCUGAACUGUAGAGGUCCUGGUAUACCAAGAACUACCCUUUACAAACUGAAUGACAUGAGCAAGAAUGACACUUUGGAGAAGAACACUGCACUAAGAGAUGCACUGAUAUAUAGGAAUAUACCAAGGAGAGAUAUCAGGACCCUACAAAUCAACAACUUUGCACUUCGUCUGGAGCUGACCUUGCCAAUAGAUUUUGAUGAGGCCACAGCGCAUCCACUUCUGCUGAUCCUUGACAGUGCCCCCGGUGGCCAGGCGGUGAGUGACCAGUUUGUUCUUGACUGGGACUCUGUUCUGGUCAGCUCGGAUAACGUCAUCGUGGCUCGCCUGGACGGCAGUGGGAGUGGGUUCCUGGGCCAGCGGGUCCUACAUGAAGUCCACCAGCGUUUGGGAACUGUGGAGGUGCAGGACCAGAUCGCAGCAGUAGAGUACCUGACCAAGCUGCCAUAUGUGGAUAAAAAUAAGGUUGCUGUUUAUGGAAAGGCUUAUGGGGGUUUCCUGAGCUCUCUUCUACUCCUCUCCUCUGGCUCCAUGUUCAGAUGUGGGGUUGCAGUUGCUCCCGUGACAGACUGGAGACUCUACGGUUCGGCCUUCACUGAGCGUUACUUUGGGUUUCCGGUCCAGGAUGAGCGUAAAUAUCAACUCUCCAGUCUGCUUCCCAACAUCACAGGGACAGGUCAACGGAAGUUUCUCAUCAUCCAUGGAACAGCAGAUGCCACCGUUCAUUUCCAGCAUUCCGCGGAGCUGGUGAAACUUCUGUCAAUGUCAAACGUUAACUACACUCUGCAGAUCUUCCCGGACGAAGGCCACAACAUUUACUCUGUGAAGAGCCAACGUUACUUGUUGAACUCUGUCAUGACCUUCUUCAGGGAAUGCUUCCUAGUGGAAAUCCCUGGAGCUCAUCCUGUGUCUGAGGAUGACUAGGAUGACCAUAUCUCACCUUGUUUUUGUAGAACCUGUUGCUCCUGGAAAUGAGAAAGUGGUCUAUGACCUGCUUGUCUGAGGAACCACCAGUGAGAAGUGGUGAGGUAUGGUGAGACAAAGUGAAUGAGAGAGAGGGGUCAGACAAUGUUGUUGUGCUCUAUGAAGGGUAAUGAUAGGCUGAGAUGAGAUUGAAGAUUUUUCCUGUACAGUGAUAAUUUUUCCUAUUGCUAUGAUCACGCAAUAGUUCACAUAGAAACAUUUAGGGUAUUACCAGUGUUCUGCAAAUAUCAUAAGUAUACAGUUAGCGUGGUAGAGUUUCAGUAGAGAAGAAGGGAAACUUCAUAUUAGCUGUUUGUAUGGGAGAUAUGUUUUUGUCUUUACUGUUAAAGAUGUGAAGGGAGAUAUUUAUUUAUUUUUCCUUUUAAAGAAUAUAGUUAUUUCAGACAGCUGUAAUGUAUUGCGAAUUUUAUACCUAGAUACAUAUUCAAUUCUAAUAUGGCAUUUAGCAGGCGCUUUUAUCCAAAGCAAUUUACAGAGUAUGCAUUAGGGACAAAUACAGGUAACCGGGAUCCUAGGACUUCACUCUUCACAUUUCCCCCCCAAAAUAAAAUGACCUUGGUAAUUAAAACAUUUCCCCCAAUAUUGCACUGAUGCAAUUUUACAAAAUACACAAUCUGCACAGAAGCAAAUUGGCAAACAUUUUAUACAUAGUACAUUAUCCAAUCAGGUUGUCGCAUGGAAGCCUUUAGUCUAGAGAAUUUACUUCACACAAAGUCACCAUAAAUUCAAAGCACACACAUAAUUGACACAGCUGGACUGCAGACAAGACUUAAAUACAGUUUAGAGUUCUCAUCAGAACUCUAAACAAUGUGGCGGUUGGGGGCGGCAACAGAGUGAGUAGAUGAGGAAACAGCCAUUGAGACUAGAAAAAGCACAAAGAGAGGAAAACUCACCUUAUUUAUGAUCAACUGAUGAUGAAAAUAUUGGAAUAAAAUAGGCUCAUGCAAUUGAAAGCAUUGCUGCUACUGAAACUCACUCGGUCAUAUAUUCAACCGUUAUACUAAUGUAGUUUGAGAGUUCUUUCAAUGGUGGAUGGAUGACUAUCUAUGUCAGGGGUGUCAAACUCAUUCCAUUUAGGGCCCAGUGUCUGUGGGUUUUUGUUUUUUCCUUUCAAUUAACACCUAGACAACCAGGUGAGGGGAGUUCUUUACUAAUUAGGGAAAGGGAAAGGGUGAUACCUAGUCAGUUGUACAACUAAAUGCCUUCAACUGAAAUGUGUCUUUCGCAAUUUAACCCAACCCCUCUGAAUCAGAGAUGUGCAGGGGGCUGCCUUAAUCGACAUCCACGUCUUCGGCGCCAGGGGAACAGUGGGUUAACUGCCUUUAAUUCAUCAAUCAAGUACAAGGGAGGAGCGAAAACCCACAAACCCCCACCCCAUCUGGAAUGAGUUUAAGACGUUAUGCGAACAAAAUCUGAAUGGAGAAUGAUGAUUAUUUUAUAUAUUUCAUCAUCAACUGUGCACAGAUACUGUGCUGCAUGAACUCAGCUACUCCACCAAUCACAAAUAUGCAAGAUGGUUACUGGGUAAAUACUCAAUAACUAUUACCAUUUCAAACAACUGAUUCCACACUUUUUUUUAAAACUAACCAACAGUGAAACAGAAAAUAAGAAAUCUCGUAAAAUAAUCCCAUACACCAAUUUAAUGCUAUAGUUGUGUGUUGUCACGUAGAUGAUCAUUUCAGAGAAUGUGUUAUCAACAAAUAGUAUGAGAGUAGAUAUGGAUAUUUUUAACAGAGUUGGUCCCCAUUAAGAUAUCUUAAUCUCCCGGUUAUUUAUGAGCUGAUCUGCUAUCUGUAUAAUCAUCCACUUGAUUUUGCCAAAUAGGAGAUAUUCUGUCAUUCUUUGGAGGUUAACUAGCAAGCUGAGCAAUUUUGGUCAUUUGUAGUUUGUAUGAUUCGACAAUGCCAGGAAGCAUAUGCUUCCUGCUGAAAUGUGCUGAAUUUAUGAAGGAACGUGAUAAUGCCUGGGGAUAUAUGAACGGCCUGUUUUUCAAUUCACAACAAUAUCAUUGGCGAUCAAAGUUACUCUAUCAUUAGUAAAUAUCAGUUUCACUUGCUGUGAAAUCUUCACAUAGUGUCACAGCCAAGCCGGCAAUGUGGCAUAUCGACAAUUUUAUUUUGGGAGAACCCUGGCAAAGUAACCAUAUCUUGGUUUUAAAUGUUUCUGGGCACUUCCAGUUUUUGUGGUGUUUUCCAGGGCUCUUGGGAUAAUUAUGAAUUUUUUCCGGUAUUGAGACUUGGUAGAUUUUCUGGAAAUUAUUCAUCCCUAACGUGCAUACAUUUUUGAAUGGGUGGCCCCAGCAGAAUUCACAAGUUGAUGUUGCAAGCGCCAUGCUUUACCAACUGAGCCACUUUCUUGUAUAUACAGUGGAGUUCGGAAAUUAUUGACACCCUUCAUAAAGACGAGCUAAAUAAUAAAAAUAUUGGGCUACAUUGUAUGCUAAUGAAAAUUGUGGAAUUAUAUUAUUUUAUUCUAUUACAAUUUCUCAAAGAAGGAGAUUUGAUUUAACAAGUAAUAUAUAUACAUACUGUAUAUAUAUUUGUUUUAUUGACACCCUCGUUUUCAAUACCUUUCAACGCCUCACCUUGCGAGGAUAACAGCACUGAGCCGUUUUCUAAAAUGUUUUAUGAGUUGGAAAACACAUUAGGUGGGAUCUUAGACCGUUCUUCCAAACAUAAUCCUUUCGGAUCAUUGAUAUCCUUAAUCUGUGUUCAUGGACUGCCCUCUUCAAAUCAAAUCGCAGGGUUUCAAGUCUGGAGACGGCCAUUGCAAAAUGUUAAUGAACCAUUUCUCUGUGGAUUUUGAUGUGUGCUUGGGAUUAUUGUCUUUCUGGACGAUCCACUUGCGGCCAAGUUUUUGCCUCCUAGCAGAGGCAGACAGGUUUUUGGCUAAAAUGUCCUGGUACUAAAGUAGGUCAAAUUCAUGAUGUUCUGCCUGCAGCUAUGGAACCCUGAACUGUUCACAGGCCAUGCUACCUUGUCCUGCUGUCUCAACCUCUGAAUGCUCACCUAUGGAAAGCCAACUGACUUUUACUCCUGAGGUGCUGAGCUGUUGCACCCUCCAUAACCACUGUUUAUUCAUUAUUAUUUAUUAUUAUUUGACCUUGUGGGUCCUCUAUGAACGUUUGAACAUCUUGAAGAACGAUCUGGCUUUAAUGGCCAUGUACUCUUAUAAUCUCCACCCGGCCACCCCUCAGAGCUUGGUUCCUCUCUAGGUUUCUUCCUAGGUUCCAGCCUUUCAAGGAAACUUUCUUUAUAUGUGUAUUGUUUGCUCUCUGCAGUUUAAGCUGGGUUUUUGU